AUGGAUGCAGGUAUAAACGCUAUUGUCGAGGAGAUUGAGCACCACGAUGAACCCUCCGAGGAAAAACAGUCCCCAAAGGUGCAACCGAAGAGGUUCAAGCAACGGCACCCCGCAAAGAAUGUUCAAGGACUAACACUAAAGCCCGGUAUGACGGCAGCGCAGGCUCAUAAUAUAGCGAGUAAGAUGCGUCAGCAGCAGCCGUUGCAAAACAUACCUGACCAAUCUUUUGAUGAGGCGGAUGAGGAUGAAACGGAUGCGGAUCAGGGGGGCAGCGGCGAAGACUACAGCGACACAGCUAAUGAACGUGCGACAGAGUACCGUAAGGGUGGAUACCACCCUGUGGCUGUUGGCGAGGUGUACCAUGACCGCUACCGUGUCGUGAAAAAACUUGGGUGGGGUUAUUUUUCCACUGUUUGGCUCGUGUGGGACUACGCGGAGGAACGGUAUCAGGCAAUGAAGGUGCAGAAAUCGGCCAGUCAUUAUACUGAGGCUGCACACGAUGAGAUUAAACUUCUCGGGGAAAUUAUGUCCGCAGAUCCCGAUAAAACUCGUUGCUGCACUCGCUUGAACGACUAUUUUGAACAAACAGGUCCGAACGGAACUCACGUGUGUAUGAUUUUUGACGUAUACGGAGAAGAUUUACUCUCUCUUAUUGACCGAUAUGAGUACCGCGGUGUUCCCCUGCCAAUAGUAAAGUGCAUUUCGCGGCAGAUCCUUGUAGGCUUGGAGCAUGUACAUGCGCUUGAGAUUAUUCACACUGACCUGAAGCCUGAAAAUGUUUUGCUUUCAACACCGAAACACGCUGUGAUAUCAUUGAUGAAACGGUUUCACCCCCCACCAUUACAUCAAAGGCCCCGUCUGGUUGAACGCGAUCCAAAGACAAUGACCAAGUCACAACGCCGACGUUACUACAAGAAACUCAAGGCAAGCGAAAAGAAUGGCAAUGCUGCAGAUAAUUCUCCUGAGCAUGACGAUCACAAUGUAUCACAGAAAAGUCACGAACACUCUGAGGAGCCGGAUAGAGAAGAAAGACAUGAUAUAACGGCGGUAGAAAGUGAGACAGACUCGGACUGGGAGAUUGAGCGCCUCCACCACGUUGUACUGGCAGACUUCGGCAAUAGUUGCUGGACGUAUCGACAGUUUACAGAUGAGGUACAGACUCGCCAAUACCGUUGCCCAGAGGUGAUUCUAGGGGAGCCGUAUUCCACACCAAUUGAUUUAUGGUCCGCCGCGUGCAUGAUAUUUGAAUUGAUCACUGGUGAGUUUCUCUUUGACCCUCGAAAGGGUGACAAUUAUUCGCGUGAUGAGGAUCAUUUAGCUUUAAUGACUGAGCUUAUGGGUGAAUUACCCGACGCCAUGCGUCUAGGAGACGGCAAGUACCGUUCUCAGUUUUAUAACUCGCGUGGUGAGCUGCGAAACAUCAAGGACCUUAAUUUCUGGUCCCUUGAAGAUGUUCUUUACCGCAAGCACAAAUUCACUCGCAAAAAGGCAGGAGAAAUUGCGCAGUUUCUUCUUCCGAUGCUCGAGUUUGAUCCACAAAAGCGAGCAACCGCAACAGAGAUGCUUGCGAACUUUGAGCACUUUUUCGAGAUCAAAGAGGAUGACUACUCACCAUUCUGUUUUGUCUCUUCAGAUGUCGAUCCUGAAGGAGGGGAUGAGAGUUCAAAUGACGAAGAAGUUUCUGAGGUAUCUGAUGACUCUGCUGUUGAUGAUGAUGAUGAUGAUGAUGAUGAUGUUGAUGAUGAUGUUGAUGAUGAUAAUGAUGGGAGUGAUGACGAGGAUGAGGAGGCCUGCAGAGAGGGGCAAGAGGUGGAUAGUGUGGAGGAGGACGCGGAUGCCAUGCGGUACUGGGUAGAGCAUCCGAUUCUCAACCAGGAAUCCUUGAAGAAGCGCGGGCUCACGGUGUUUGACAUCCAGGCUGUGCUUUCUGGGAAGCGGCUAGACAACGCGGCAGCACACGAGGCGGCGGCUGAGGUUAUUCGUCUGCUCUCGGAGGAUGCGGAUGAUGGCAGCGACGGGCACUUUGCGGACCGCGAGGACGGUGCGGUAUCUUCUGCGGCAGAGCAGAGCACCAAAAGCGGCGACAGUGACGGUGGUGUGGACCGAGGCAGGGAGUAG